AUGGAUACUCCCGAGGUCGCGACGCCUACGUCCGGCGUAGCCACGCCGCUGACUGUGCCGUCGACCCCGGCGAAGCCAGGCUUCAUACCACUCGUCACGGUCGUUGACUUCCACCAUGCCCGCGGACCUGAGGUAGAGAUGUGGUUUGGUGUGCCCGAGGGAAGCGAUCCGGCCGCCGACUACGACUGGGGAUUGCUACCGUUCAUGGCUUUGAGUGAUGGCGCGCAUUUAUCGAGCGAGGACUUCUCCUACUUUACUCUCCUCCGUCCUGCGACCGCUUCGGAACCCGCAACCUCCCUCUUUGGCAUCUCGUGCACGCGACAGCUCGACGCCUCGCAACUCCUCAACCGCCCCGCCGACGUGACCCGCUCGACGGUUCAGAAGGCCGUCGUCGUGAUCGCCGACACCCCGCAGCACUUUGGCAUGAUGCGCGAGCGCCUCAGCGUCGUUACUCAAGCCUGGUUCGCACAACGCGAGUUCACUGACACCGAGAUACUGCGCCGUUUCCAGGAGAGCCUUGCCGAGGAAAAGGAGCGCGGUUUGCUGACCGAAGAGGAGAGUCGCGACCAAUAUCUCGGCAUGAAUUUGAGGGAGCUGGUGCGCGAGUUCAGGUGGCAGACUUUGGUUUUAUUCAAGUGCUGUUUGUUGCAGCCAAAGAUGCUCUUUUUCGGUUCCCGGUGUGAACGCUUAUGCAUGAUGCAGUUUUCUCUAAUUACUCUGAUACCCGGUCUUAUUCGUAAUCUGAUCGACUGCGCCGACCCGGAGCUGAACAACUACGAGAAGAAUUUGACAAGACCGACGAGCUGCCGCACGAGUGAUCGUAACUCUCUGCUCACUUACAUGGGCCUGCCACUUCAAAUCUUUGGCAAGGGCAGUUUGUUCGGCCCCUACACUCCCCUCCAACAGCUCGACAUUCUCGCCGAUUUCGGGACAAAGUCAUACAUUGUCGGCAGCACAAACUCCCUCCUACUCCAGCAAAAAGACCGUUAUAGCGAUAUUCUCAUCAACCUUGACGAACAUACAGUUAAUGUCACGUCCACUUCCCUCCGCAACGCCCUCGCCCUCUCGGCCGCAGACCGCCGAUGGAUUGACUACCUCACGAAUGAAGUCAACGAAACGUGGGACGAGGCCAACCCGGGACGCCCCAAGACCAUGGGUUACGUCGGCAGCGAGGAGUUUAUCCGCUUACAAUUCCAAGAGUACAUCCUUGCCCUCCUCUCUUCAGUCAAGUACCGCGCCCAUCUGUUAGCGAACCCAAACAACCCGCGCGCCUUGCUUCCGCAUAUUGAAGGCGAUCCCUCACUCGACUUCGGCAACGACUUCAUUGAUUACUGGAUCCGGACCGAGAACCAUCGCAUCUGGAACGCCAAUACCGACUCUCACUUGUUCGACAUCAUCGAGCCGCGGCACCCCUGCGCGGGCGGCUUGACGAUCGACGACGUGCAGAGGCGCAUCGCGCAGCAGGUGCAAGAUAUGCACAUCGACGAGCGCUUGGCCGUGGGAAAGGAAGUGCUGGGACGGAAUUUCGCUGCUGGAAAGGAGAAGGCGUCAACCAUGUUCAACAAGUUCUACGCGGACAUGGAGGCGUUCCGCGAGAAGCGGGCCGAGGAACAGCGUGAGGCCGCGGCGCAGGCCGAGAAGGCCGGCAGUGUGGCUGCUUCGCCCACUGUGGGAACAUCUGCGGAGGCCACCAAACCGCAAGGAGCUGGUCAGUCCAAAGCCGGGGCGUAUGUUAGCUCUUGGGUAACCUGGGCAGGCGAAAAGCGCAAAGCGGGCUGGGGCGGCGGCGGCGGCGGCGGCGGUGCUGGCAGCAACAGGGACAGCACGAGCAGCAAUAAUAGCGGAGGAGGAUACGGCGGUUGGGGUAGGGGAUGGGGCAAAUCCAAGACGGACGCUAGUAAGAAUGGCGGCGAGAAGGACCCGAGAGCCUCUACCUCGUCGUUCGGGACGGAGACGAACGAUAAGAAGGUUCAGGAGAGGAACAGCACCAGCAACCACGAUUUCCGUCCCCUGACGCAGGACUCGUACACGGAGUCGUUGUUUUCGGCGGGGACGGUGGAAUCUGCACCUGGCAGUCCUGAGAGGGAACGCCGACCGCAGUCCAAGAACGGACCGACUCCCGCUGCCGUCGAGACCCCGGUAGCGAAGGCGAGUAUCGAUACAAAGGUAAACGGCGGGGAGGGAAGCGUCCAGAUGGACGCCACUGAGCCUAAGAAAGACAAGGACGAGAGAACCCCUCAAGCCACGACUGUUGCUACUUCCACCACCACCACCAAAGAUGAGCAAAAAGAACAAGCACAAUCCGAAGACGACGAAGAAGAACCCGUCCAGGACACAAAGGCCACGACAGAAGCCGCCGAGGCGGCGAAGGCUUGGGGCGAAGCAUGA